CGGAGAGGGGCAGAGUCGAGGGGCCAAUCAGGCAAAAGGGGGCGUGCCCCGGGAGGCCUCUGCUUUGUGGGGGACAGACUAUGCCUUUAACCUCCCUGUUGUCCUGAAAGAGACAACAUGAUGGAAUUCCCCGAUCACAGCAAGAACUUACUCCGAAAACUUUGGGAACAGCAACACGAGGGUUUCCUUUGUGACUGCACCGUCCUGGUGGGCAGCACCCAGUUCCUGGCCCACCAGGCCGUCCUCGCCUCCUGCAGUGCCUUUUUCCAGAUGUUCUACAAGGAACGGCUGGAUAAACGAGACUUGGUCUGCAUCAACAGCGAGAUUGUCACCGCCCCGGCCUUUGGGCUCCUGCUUGAGUUCAUGUACAAAGGCAGCCUCUCUUUCGCCGACAUGCCGGUGGAAGACAUUUUAGCUGCCGCCAGUUACCUGCACAUGAACGAUAUCGUCAAGGUGUGCAAGAAAAAGCUGCAAGCCCGGGCCUUGGCCGAAGCCGACAGCACGAAGAAGGAGGAAGAAGGUCUCCUGCCAGCCCCCGAAAGCCAGCCUGUGUCCUUGCCCCCGCCUCACUCCUGCGACCUCGAGAAAAACAACAAAAAAGAAGAAUGGAACGCCAGACAGAAAGCGCCUCUGGAGGAAUUGUCGGCCUCCAGGUCAGACGUCGCAGACACCACGCAACCGGGAAUGGAGGCUCCGUCAUCCGCUCGGCCUCGUCCGCAACCCAUGGUGGACAUUUCUCUCUCCAGCCCGAGCAGUUCCACCGAAACUCUGUUGUGCAGCUCCUUUCCUGCCGGAAACGGAGGAGCUGAGGGGAGGUCCGGCUUGGACCCUCCUCCGGAGAGAUACGGAGAGCAGCUAGUUGCACACAAGGCGUCCACAAAUCAGUCCAUCAAGGUCAAAGUGGAAGCUAUCGUGAUUUCUGAUGAGGAACCGGACGGGGUUGAACAACUGGAGGUUCCUCCUGUUUCGGAGCUGAGGCUAGAAAGCCUCUUUUUGAAAUCUGGUGGGGAGGUGGGCUCCGGUGGAAGCUGUGGGCGUCACCCGGAUGCUUUUGAAGAGCCCGGAGGGAUGGAAGAGGUCUCUUCGGAAAGCAGCUUCCUGCCCCAAGAAAAUGCGUCGUACCCCCUGAUCCACAUGCCUGGAAGCGGGACUUUUUCCACCCUGGCAACUCCUCCAUUGCACGAACAGAUAUACUUGCAGGAUUACGAUUCCCACUCCAAUUUUAGCCUCUUUACCGAUGACGUCCCCACCUGCAAGACCUGCGGGAAAACAUUUUCCUGCUCCUACACACUCCGGCGCCACGCAACCGUCCACACCCGGGAACGGCCAUACGAAUGUCGCUACUGCAUGCGGAGUUACACUCAAUCCGGAGACCUUUACCGGCACAUCCGGAAGGCUCACAACGAGGAUCUGGCCGUGAAACGGUGCAAACACGACGUGGAAAAUCCUUCCUAGGACUCGCAGUCGGUUCCCCACACCAGGACCCCAAUUCUCCAGUUAUCUCAUUCCUGGCAGAAGCCACACAACUGGUGUCCAGUUUUCCCAUUCUUCCUCAGCCGGGUCACUCUGCCUGACAUUUUAUCCAAACUGCCCUGUUUGUACUGCGGCAAAAGUUUACGGUUCAGUUUCUCCUUAUCGGGGAGUUUUUUGCGCCAACGCAGAAGCGACUCCGGCCGUUCCCUGGGUCCAAUUUGAAAAGAAACCACUGUAAACCAUCCCUGGAUUGCUUGUGUGUUUGUGGGUCAAACUGCCGAUAAUAGUGAGUCUUCUGGGGUUGUUUUAGCUCUUCAAGAGAGCAGCCUUGCUGAUUUGGGGGUGUCUCUCUCCAUUCCGGUGGCAAUACAGAAUUUUAUUUGCGGGCAACAGGAGAUGAGUGGUGCUCUGCUUGCCUGGGGGCACCAGGAUCUGUUAUUGGGCAAGACUGAUUGCCAGAAAAGUGCAGAAUAAUCCGCAACGCUGCCUAAACUGAGCGUGGGGCCGAGGGCACACCUGGAUGCUCCGAUCUCGCGGACGAGGAACAGGUCCGAGAGCUGCACCCACUCCAAUUGGGGAGGGGACCCCCUAGAACUCUCCUUCCCCACCUCCGAGCGAUGUUCUUUUUCUUCCCCCUUUUGCAGCAACCACUGCCAUCAACCCCGUUGCGAAACUCUCAACCUGUUUGUAAGUAGUUCCGCGGCAGCCUUACUUGCUCAAGAUGCAUAUUCCACAGUAAAAAGAACAAAGAUACGUGAAAAAAAAA